UGCCACGAUAUCUACCAUUACAACGUAAUUAACCCUUCGAUCUCUCUUUCUAAUUAUAUCCAUUUUGUUCCUUCAAAACAGAGUAAUUCUACUGUGUUGUAAAAGAGAGAGAUUAGAUAGAGAUAAGAGAAUAGAGAAUAGAGAAUAGAGAUCGAUGGCGGCGGAUAUGGCGGGUAAAAGCAUAAUAGGUUUGACGGAGAUGGCAAGGAAUUCUAUGGCCACGGAGGCGCCGUAUGCUCCUGCCACGCUUGAUCGUAGAGUCCGUACUGACUUGGAGGUUUCCCUUCCUAAACCAUAUCUUCCUAGAGCCCUGUCUGCACCUGAUACGGAUCAUCCGAAUGGAACACCAGGCCAUCAUCAUCAUGGCCUCAGUGUUCUUCAACAGCAUGCAGCGUAUUUCGACCAAGAUGGUGAUGGUAUCAUAUAUCCCUGGGAAACUUUCUCUGGAUUGCGCAUGAUGGGGUUUAACAUAUUCGCUUCUGUAAUCAUGGCCGCGGUGAUUAAUUUAGCAAUGAGUUGGUACACUCUUGAUGGGUGGUUACCUUCUCCUCUCUUCCCUAUUUACGUGCACAACAUACACAGGGCCAAGCACGGGAGUGACUCCGGAACUUAUGACACUGAAGGAAGGUUUGUCCCCUUCAAUUUAGAGAACGCCUUCAGCAAGUAUGCUCGUACAGUCCCUGAUAAAUUAUCGUUUACAGAACUCUGGAACAUGACAGAGGGGAACAGGGUAUCAUUCGACCCGUUUGGCUGGAUUGCAAGUAAGUUGGAGUGGGGAAUACUUUACAUUCUUGCUAGGGAUGAAGACGGGUUCCUAUCCAAAGAAGCUGUGAGACGGUGUUUUGAUGGCAGCUUGUUUGAGUAUUGUGCAAAAAUGAACAUGGGUUUGGAAGGGAAGAUGUAUUAAGUAACAAGCUUCAUAAUUCACCUACUGUAAAAGUAUAGUCUACAAGUUCUUUUGCUGCUGUUCUUCUAAAAUAAGUCUGUAAUUAGUGAGCCUCUGAAGUAGUCGGGAACAGUAUAACACUAUAACCUAUGUUGAUAUAGUCUCUCUAAUAAGAACUUUGUCCAGUUGUUUCAUCAA